AUGCAAAGAAACGACGGACUGAAGCCACUCAUAAGCUUCAAAUGUUUCCACGAAACUCAAAAUAACAAAACGAAGCCAGAAGACAUGAUGAACAAGAGCUCAACGUUUUAUAAAUUGCGCAAUUCACCUUCAAUGAUCAGUCAACACUCACAAACAUUGGGAAAUUGGGAAAUGUUGGGAGUAAUUUGGCGACUGAACAACGUCAGUUAUUUUUUAUUAUAA